AUGAAUAAUGCACGAGUGAGUCACACAGCAUCUAUAUUAUCAAAUGGAAAAGUAUUAGUUACUGGUGGACAAGGCAAUGGUGGUGUCUUGUUAGAUAGUGCUGAAUUGUAUGAUCCAUCAACAGGUAUUUGGACAACUACUGGUAGCAUGAUAAAUGCACGAUAUUAUCACACAGCGUCUGUUUUAUCAAAUGGGAAAGUAUUAAUUACUGGUGGCGAGAACAAUGGUUAUUUAAAUAGUGCUGAGUUGUAUGAUCCAUCAACAGGUACUUGGACAUCUACGAGUAACAUGGCUAUUGCACGAGAUUCUUACACACCAUCUGUAUUAUCAAAUGGAAAAGUAUUCGUUCCUGGUGGAUACAAUAAUAUUGUUGGUUAUUUAAAUAGUGCUGAAUUGUAUGAUCCAUCUACAGGUACUUGGACACCUACGAGUAACAUGACUAUUGCACGGGAUUGGUAUACACCCUCUGUAUUAUCAAAUGGAAAAGUAUUAGUUACUGGUGGUAUAAGCUUUAGUUAUAGUGCUUUAAAUAGUGCUGAACUGUAUGAUCCAUCAACAGGUACUUGGACAACUACUGGUAACAUGAGUACUGCGCGGGGUUAUCACACAGCAUCUAUAUUAUCAAACGGAAAAGUAUUAGUUACUGGUGGAUAUGAUUAUCAUGCUUAUUUUAAUAGUGCUGAGCUGUAUGAUCCAUCAACAGGUACAUGGACGCCUACUGGUAACAUGAAUAUUGCACGAGAGCGACAUACAGCAUCUGUAUUAUCAAAUGGAAAAGUAUUAGUUACUGGUGGAGAUGACUAUGGUGCUAUCAAUAGUGCUGAGUUAUAUGAUCCAUCAACAGGUAUUUGGACAACUACUGAUAGCAUGACUAAUGCACGAUAUUGGCACACAGCAUCUGUAUUAUUAAAUGAAAAAGUACUAGUUACUGGUGGAUACGAUGCUAAUGGUGUUGCUUUAAAUAGUGCAGAAUUAUAUUAA